GGGGGGGUUGCGAUGCGGCCCCCGUAUUUCGUGGGCGGAGCAGACGACGGCGACGACGCCAUAUCGCCUCAGCAGUUCAUGGGCAUCGUCGAGGGCACGCAGAAACUGAACAUGCGAGAGCUGAUCCGACGCGGCACCUCCAUGGGGGCACUGGCAACCAGGCCGGAGGUGCUGGCCGUCUACGUGGAUCCGAGAUGGAGGCGUGGCGACACGUUGUUCUACAUGAGCGGCAUCGGGAGUCUCCCCGACUGGGGUGACGUGCCCGAGGUGGCUCUGCAGGUGGGUGGGGAAGAUGUCGUGUACCGUCUGCGCUCUUACGUUCAGUGCAAGUUGCCCGAAGAAAGAAGCAUUGCCCCUGAUGGCCUCCUGACGGGCCCCGAGGGCCACUACGUGGCCCACUUCGUGGAGGGCGACGAGUGGUGCACUGCCGACGACCUGGGCGAUCGCCCGCGCGUGGCCCAGCGGCCGCCCGGCACCCGGCAUGUCGUUGACAGCGCGGGGGGCGCGGGCGACGACGGUGACGUGAGCGCGGACGGUGGGGGCAGCCCCAGCCUCGACGGGGGGCGCGGGGAGGAGGGCGGGGCCGGCGACGCCAGUCUGUCGGGCGCGCGGAAGCGGCCCGCGGCGUCUGCGAGGAGCGGCGCCCCUCCCAAGAAGCGGCUCCGCCUCCGGGGCAAGCAGAGCGCGGCUGGCAGGCGCGUCGGCCGGAGCCGCGCCGGGAGGCAGCAGUGCCGAGCUGGGAGGCAGCAGCUGCAGUGCCGCUACGGGAGGCAGGGCGGCCGGAGCCGCGCUGGGAGGCAGCAGGAGGAUAAGCAGAGCGACUGCAAGCCGGAGGAGGUGCUCCGGCAGGGGCGGAAGCCGAAGAGCAAGGGCGACAACGACGGGUCCAGGCAGAUCGCCCAGAACAACGCGGCGGCCCCAGUUGUGCGCAGCAGCAAGGAGGCGAAGUCCCUGCAGACGGCUUGCGACGCGCGCCGGGAGUGCGGCGACCUCUUCCUGCUAUUGCACUUGCUGGAGCCGCUGGCCAGCGCCGAUGACCUGCUGCUGCGGGGGGCGCUCGGGGUGACGGCGGGGGAGAUUUCCGACGCCAAGCGCCGACUGGAGAACGGGGAGUGGCACAUGCACCACGUCGCGGAGCUCCUGGACGAGCGUCUGAACUCCGCCCACAGCGCCCACUCCGUCGCGGCCGCGGUCCACUCGGCGGUGGGCGACGGGCCGGGCGCGCAGGGCGACGGCAACCCGCUGAGGUGCCCCGCGCCUGCGCUGCAUUAUGCCCGCCGCAUGUGCGAGGCCGAGUUCCCCAACAGGGAAGCCUUCAAGGCGCGCCAGGGCAGAGUGCGCGGGGGGCAGCGGUGGUACCAGUCGCAGUAUGUGGCGCGGUGCGAGCUGGAGUCCUACCAGCCGUCGCCGACCGAGGAGCGCCAGGUGGUUGCCAGGUUCCGCAUGUCCCAUGGCUGCGCCACCGUCGACCCCGUGGACGAGCCGUUCGCCCCGAAGCCCGAACCGGAGGCCUGCGUCUGCUGCGCCAUGCAGCAGUGGUCCGAGAACCUCCACUCGGAGUGCCUCGUCGGCGACAAGUGCACCAUAAAGGACCGGGCCCAGUUCGCGGACUGCCUGUCGGCCGAGUGGCAUCACCAACGAUGGCCCCUCAUACCGCGCGACGAGCUGAUGUCGUCGGCCGUGGACUUCCCCCAUAACGACUGCGAGGGCCCGCCGACGUCCACGAAUAUACUCUUGCACAAGAGGCGCGUGCCGCUUGAGGCGCUCGAAGGGAAGGUUCCCGUGAAAGUGCGCGACGAUUGCCGGAGAGAUCUGUGGUCUGAUCACCCCAAGGUGCCGGUGAUGGCGCCGGUUAACGACCUCUGGCUGGGCCGCCACCGCCCGCUGCUCAGGAAGGCCGCUCUCGCGCACCAGAUGCUGCUCGCGCUCGGCCGCGUCGUGUCCACGAAGAUCUACCAGUCCAGCAAGGGCGCCGACGAGGCCGUCCGGCAGGAGCAGCAGUCGUGGAGGCAGAAGUGCUUGCAGUACGCCACGCAGGGCACCGCCAUCGUGUUCGGGAGCGGGAACGUGGACCACGCGACGCGGAGCUUCCCGCCGGCGGAGUACGACGCCCAGGCGCCGUUGUUGAAGCAGCACAACUACGCGUGCAAUGGCCCGGGCGUGCAGUACCGAUCGGACCUCGUGGACCGGGCCCCCCCGCGGCCGGGCGUGCCCGACUUCAUGCUGGCCUGCGCGAAGUAUGUCCCCACGGGCGCGGUGCUGGACGACGUCGCGCAGGCGCAGGGGCCCGCGUCGGCCACCACUGGCGCGCAGGCAGAGAUGAGCGCGGCUGCCGAGGACGCGCAGGAGCUGACCAAGUGGCUGUCCGUCCUUGAGGACCACAUGGACGACGUCAGCGAGCUCACGUCCCUGCCGGCGCUCCAGGGCAUGCUCGAGAGGAUGGAGAGUCAGGCGGGGCGCGUGGUGGCCAACGAGCUGAUGUCCAGGCUCGAGGAAAAGGGGGGCGAGGAUAGGGCGCUGCCGCUGGACGAGAUCGGGCGUCACCGCCUGCGCGACCUCUGCCGGGAGUUCCACGCGCGCUGUCGGAAGAUCUUCCCUGUGGAGGACAUGGCGAAGCUGCGCUGGCGCGUCCAGGCGCUGGAGACGAGGAACUGCCAGGCGGAGGAGGGCGCGGGCGACCUGGCGCGACCUGCAGGAGUCGCGGGGACUCCCGCCGAGGACGACCCGCGCUCCUUGCAGGGACCGCCCGGCCCCGACGGCCAGCGAAAGGCGAGGCUUCGGGUGCCCACCUCGAGGAAGGCGGAGAGCUGGUGGAAUCCGAAGUACUGGUCCAUUGCCAGGCCCACGGACUUCUGCCACGGGGACUGCGCCUGGGGCCUCGGCCAGCUCCCCCGUGACGGAGACGAGGGCCCGCAGAAGCAGAAGGAGGGUCGGCUCUGCUUCAGCGCGGCGCACUUCAUCCAGAAUCUUCUCACGUGGGAGGAGAUGGAGUACGACGUGCCUGCCGACGAGGAGAAGUUCGUGGCCAGUCACGGAGACGACCAACAGCACUUCAUGAAGACGCCCGGGGCGUUCGGGGCCGCUCGCGCCUGCGCGGGCAUCGCGCCGGAGAUGAUCGAGGAGGUGCAGCUCAGGGCGCAGCAGACGGGCGGGAAGGCCACGCUGCACGGCAUCCUCAAGGACAAGGACACCCCGAACGAGGUGCGCAAGGCCAUCGCCACUCUGGGCCAGGCCACCGCCAGUCAAGUCGGGUCCGACGGACACAGGCGGGAGCUGCGUGGAGAGGGCGAGGCGUAUACCUUGCGCUUCGGCCCGCCCAUCCAGUUCGCCACCCCGAAUCUGGCAGACACCAAGCAGCCCCUGAUCCUCAUCGUGCAGGGAGAGGAGUACACCUUCGGCAACGACCUGACCGAGGCCGCGGUGUUCGAGCUGAUGAUGAGGCUGUUCUUCGCCCACAUCCUCGGCCUGCGCCCGGAGCCCGUCGGGUGGCGGCGAGGAGAAGUUCGAAAGGCUUCGGAACACUGGAUAUCCGACGGCGUGGCGGCCGACCUCAUGGGCGUGCCCACGGUGUUCGGCCCCCUGGCGGCGGCCUUCGGUCCGGUCGAGGCUCAGGGCCGCGGCUCGCUGCGCCCGCACAUCCUCAUCUGGCUGCUGCAGGGUCAGCUGCGCGUGCUCUUGGACAUGCUGCAGCGCGACGAGGCGCGCUUCCCGGGGCGCUUGAACCUGUGGAUGCGGCAGGUGGUGCAGGCCGUGGUCGCCGCUCAGCAGAGCGCCGUGGGGCUGCUCCCCCUGCAGCUGCAGGGGGGCGAGAACGAGUGCGGGGUCGUGGUGCCGCCGCUGCCGUUCGGGCCCAACGAGAAGCGGUACUUCAGAGCCGACGGGGGCGCGGAGAUGGCGACUGCAGAGCAGCUCGGGGUCGAAGGCGAGACGGAGCCGCAGGGGCUGUGGCUCCACGAUCCCAAGGUAGACGACUACCACAGGGCGAUUCGCCCCGGUCUGCCUCUGCGCAACAACGACGGCGAGGCCGUGGACGGCGAUGCGGCGUGGACAGAGCAGAGGGCCGCGGAGAACAAAGGGUACUGGCGGCGGCCGCUCUCCAGCAGCGCCUCCGGCAUCUUCCCGAGGUACCGCGGCGGGGGCACCCUGGCGGAGUCUCCCCCAAGCGACGAGUGGAUUCGCGAGAUGUGCCGCGACGCGCGCGAGCACGUCAUCGGCUGCGGCAUCCACGUCUGCAGCCCCUCGUGCUACAAGUACCAUUCCGACAAGACGCGCGGCUCGCAGAUCUGCCGCCACAACUUCUACAACCCGGUGACAUUGUGCACGUGGCCCGAAGAGUGCCGGCUCCGCACGCGCGGGAAGGCUCUGCGCGGCUGCAUCGGCAUCUUCCGGGAGACGGACAACGGCAUGGCCGGGCGCGUCGUCACCUUCCAGCACCCCGGGGAGACCUCCACGAAGUACGCGGCAGUCGUCUCGGCGCGGUGCAACGUGGACGUGCAGGACAUGAGACGGGCGUUGCCCCCGCGCCUGCGGAUGGAGGCGUCGGAGCUGGAACCGCUGGCGAACGAAGAGGACCGCAAGAGCUACAACCAUGGCCUCUACCCUCAGCGCUACGCCGACUUCUCGGUGGGCGCCCGGGAGGAUUGGGGGGAGCUCGCGAACAGCGGCAGCCCCGCCGUGGACUGUGACGACGCUGCGCGCGCCGAUCUCCAACGCGACCUGGAGCGGCACGCGCUGGCCACCUUCGUGGACGCCCACAACACGAGCUACUACGUGAAUUCGUACACCACGAACGUGAACCCCAGCAUGGACGACGUGCUCUGCAAGCUCCUCGACGGCGCGCGCCGCCUGAAGAGCCAGUGGGACGACAGGGGGGCGCAGGCCGCGGGCGGCGCUGGCGACGAGGCCCAGUCGACCGCCGCAGGAAAGCGCAGGGAGGAUUUCAAGCGCACGCUGCAGGUGUUGGCCCGCUUCGAGACCUGCUUCCGCAGGGCCUCCUGGAAGAGCGGCAGCGAGAUGAUCUUCCCCAUGCUCUUCGGGCACCUCUCCUUCAUGACGCACCGUUGCUGGAAGGCCGACGCCGCGGAAAGCGCCCCCGCCGCCUCGAUCACGCACGCAGUCCCCGGCACUGGACAGCAGGUGGCGAUGCCGGGGUUGCGCGAGGUGCAGCGCGAGGGCGCGAUGGUGUACGUCAGCCCCGACGGCGUGGAGUUCGACACGAUCGAGUAUGCGCACCAGGCAUUCCAGAUCGCGAACGCCAGCGGCGGCUCGCUGCGCGAAGUUACGAAGGCGCUGAACAGGAUGCGGGAAGGCGAGGCCGAAGAGGUGCCGGAGGCACCGGGGCCGACUGUCGAGGGCCUCGCGCAGGGCAAGUUCAGGGGCGCAGUGCUGAGCCAGCACGACGACUAG